UCCGCUAGAUGGCGAUGCAAGCACGCCCGUUGUCUGCGACACCACAUUCAACCAACCGAGGAAGAGAAACAAUGGCGAACCGGAAGCGGCUGUAAAUUUAAAGUUGACAUGUUCCGCCAACUUCGCUAGGAGGCAGCAGGAGAGAGAAGACGGCAGAAUGACAGAUGAUGCCGUCUUGCUGGAUGUACCUGUUGUCCGCCAGCUUUACCACUGGGACUGUGGCCUCGCCUGCUCCAGAAUGGUCCUCAGGUAUCUGCAUCCCAUCAGCGAUGAGGAGUUUCAGAGGGCAUGCGGAGAGCUGAAGAUGACAGAGAGCGUGUGGACUAUUGACCUGGCCUACCUCAUGUGCCAUCUAGGAAUCAAGCAUUGCUUCUACACGCAGACACUGGGUGUUGAUAAGGGCUUUAGGAAUCAGUCAUUUUAUAAGAAGCAUUUUGAUAUGGAAGAAGAUCGAGUCAAUGAGCUGUUCCUUGAAGCAGAGAACAAUGGUGUGCUGGUAAAGAAAUGCUCUGUGACCAUUCAGGAAAUUGAGUCCCACCUGGAACAGCGUCACGUCGCCAUCGUGCUCAUCAAUGCUGUCAUCUUGACAUGUGAACUCUGCUCUGCACCUGUCAAAUACUGCUGCUUCCUCCCUGUGGGCCAGAAGUGUUUCUGCAGGAAGCCAGAGUACCAGGGUCAUUUUGUGGUCGUGCGCGGCUUCAACAGGACCACUGGCUGCAUUUUGUACAACAACCCUGCAUAUUCUGACCGUGUCUGCUGCACCUCCGUCACUAACUUUGAGGAGGCUCGACGGAGCUACGGGACAGAUGAGGACAUUCUCUUUAUCUUUAAGGAGAGCUGAUUGACAGUUGUAAUGACAUUAUGGAAGUUGACAACUUCCUUCUUUGGUCCAGAUCCUGUUUGGCCAUCCUCAUCGGUGCUAUUGGGUCCAACACGUCACACUAAGAAGACUCCAUUUACCUUAUUCCCCUUUAUACAGCCAUCACCACUUAGCCUGGACUCAGUUCAGGAUUGAACUGAAUAGAUGAGAACGUGUGGAGCUUUGAAAGUCUCAGGUCAAUGCUGUGCACAGCAGGGUUGGGGAAAUAGUCCGAGUUGCAGCCAUGUGUGGAGUCAACAUGGUCUGCUUCCAGGAGACCUGGAGUAAGUGACAACAUGAUUUAGGAACUAAACAUGUACAAAACCCAAAACUAUUGAAGUUGGCACGUUGUGUAAUUUGUAAAUAAAAGCAGAAUACAAUGAUUUGCAAAUCCUUUUCAACUUAUAUUCAAUUGAAUGGACUGCAAAGACAAGAUAUUUAAUGUUCGAACUAAGAAACUACAUUUUUUUUGCAAAUAAUCAUUAACUUAGAAUUUAAUGGCAGCAACACAUUGCAAAAAAGUUGUCACAGGGGCAUUUUUACUACUGUGUUACAUGGCCUUUCCUUUUAACAACACUCAGUAAAUAUUUGGGAACUGAGUGGACACAUUUUUGAAGUGGAAUUCUUUCCCAUUCUUGCUUGAUGUACAGCUUAAGUUGUUCAACAGUCUCCGUUGUGGUAUUUUAGGCUUCAUAAUGCGCCACACAUUUUCAAUGGGAGACAGGUCUGGACUACAGGCAGGCCAGUCUAGUACCCGCACUUUUACUUGGCAUUGCCUCGCUGAAAUAAGCAGGGGUGUCCAUGAUAAUGUUGCUUGGAUGGCAACAUAUGUUGCUUCAAAACCUGUAUGUACCUUUCAGCAUUAAUUGUGCCUUUACAGAUAAGUAAGUUACCCAUGCCUUGGGAACUAAUACACCCCCAUACCAUCACACAUGCUGGCUUUUGAACUUUGUGCCUAUAACAGCCCGAAUGGUUCUUUUCCACUUUGGUCCGGAGGACACGACGGUCACAUUUUCCAAAAACAAUUUGAAAUGUGGAUUCGUCAGACCACAGAACACCUUUCCACUUUGCAUCAGUCCAUCCUAGAUGAACUCGGGCCCAGUGAAGCCAGCGGCGUUUCUGGGUGUUGUUGAUAAAUGGCUUUGGCUUUGCAUAGUAGAGUUUUAACUUGCACUUACAGAUGUAGCGACCAACUGUAGUUACUGACAGUGGUUUUCUGAAGUGUUCCUGAGCCCAUGUGGAGAUAUCCUUUACACACAGAUGUCGCUUUUUGAUGCAGUACCGCCUGAAGGAUCGAAGGUCCGUAAUAUCAUCGCUUACGUGCAGUGAUUUCUCCAGAUUCUCUGAACCUUUUGAUGAUAUUACGGACCAUAGAUGGUGAAAUCCCUAAAUUCCUUGCAAUAGCUGGUUGAGAAAUGUUGUUCUUAAACUGUUGGACAAUUUGCUCACGCAUUUGUUGACAAAGUGGUGACCCUCGCCCCGUCCUUGUUUGUGAAUGACUGAGCAUUUCAUGGAAGCUGCUUUUAUACCCAAUCAUGGCACCCACCUGUUCCCAAUUAGCCUGUUCACCUGUGGGAUGUUCCAAAUAAGUGUUUGAUGAGCAUUCCUCAACUUUCUCAGUCUUUUUUUGCUGCUUGUGCCAGCUGUUGCAGGCAUCAAAUUCCAAAUGAGCUAAUAUUUGCAAAAAAUACAAACAAUUUCCAGUUCGAACGUUAAGUAUCUUGUCCUUGCAGUCCAUUCAAUUGAAAAUAAGUUGAAAAGGAUUUGCAAAUCAUUGUAUUCUGUUUUUAUUUACCAUUUACACAACGUGCCAACUUCACUGGUUUUGGGGUCUGUAAAAUAAACUGAGCAUUGUGCUUAUCUUUGGAUUGAUGGAAUAUCUUGUAGAUGGUGCAGGUGUCUAGUUGGAACAUGGUCCAAUCACAGAUAACACUUUGUUAAUCCCCUUAAGGGAAAUUCAAUUAAAUAUUUUUAAAGCAAAUGCUGCCUAAAGAAGAACACACUUGACUAUGAACUCCUCUGUUUUAUUGUCUUGUUUUUGUUAUGCUUUCAUCAGUGAAAAACAUUCGGUGUCGUGGAAACAUCAAAGACAGAACAAAGUUUCGACAAAAGGGACUAAACGUUGUAUUCAUUCUCUGAGUAAGAGAACAAUGUAUCACAUCCUCACUGGUUAUUAUCCUUGUCAUUCUGAUGUAAAGUUGCACUACACUUUUCACAUGGAAUUAUUAUAUACUGUUUAAAUUAAACAUGACAUAUACAGUAUACAGAGUGGGUUUAAUUGAUGUUUUA